AUGGUCGUCCACUCAGACCGCGCAGAACCGCCUCGGAAACGCGUCAAAGCCGCUGCUGCUGCAUCUUCCGAGGCGUCUGGCAGUAAACCGAAGCCGAGACAGACUCUUUUUGCGCCAUUCCGGGCCCUCGGACUGAUCACGAACCAUGUCCCCUUCGCAUUGCAACUGCGUUCUUACAAGGGCGCCACAGAAGGGCCAAGGAUACAUGUCUUGACCUGUCUGGGUCGCUCUUGGGCGCUGUGGGAGGGUGGCCGUAUGAGCUUGCUUUUCGUCAGUCAAGAUGCACCGGACGACAUAACAUGCUUAGCCAUGGAUGGCGAUGCGGUUUGGGCAGCCGCGGGAUCUCAUGCGAUCAAGUAUAUUCGCGGCAAAGAGGUCCUGCGUCUCACAAAUCCACUGUCGACAUCGCUGGCUAGCCUCACGAUCUUCGCGUCCCAACUACUGGCACUGACCUCGGAUGGGACUCAUCUCCUGACGUGGGAUAUAACGACUGCUGAGUUUGAAGGUGCUAUUGAAUUCGAGCCCGACUUCACGGCCACGCACAUCCUGCACCCCGCGACAUACAUCAACAAAGUCGUGAUAGGUAGCGCUCAAGGCGGCUUACAACUAUGGAACGCUCGCUCGCGAACGUGCAUACACAAAUUCGCAACUGCGAAUCUCACUGGCUCCGCUACGCCGAGUGCGGUGACAUGCCUCGCUCAGAGUCCUGCCAUCGACGUCCUAGGAGUUGGGUUCGCGUCCGGAGAAGUCGCUCUGUAUGACGUGCGCUCAGACGAACGUUUGAUGCGCGUCUUUGUCCGUGAAGGCGGUGUGCGCGCACUGGCGUUCCGUUCCGACGGGCAUCCUGUGCUCGCUACCGCCUCAGAGGCUGGCCAUAUCUCGUUAUGGGACCUUAACGCAAGCGGUCGCUUAUUGCAUACCGUGCGCGGUGCACACGAUGGCGGCAUAACAGCUCUCGAAUGGGUUGCAGGCCAGCCGGUGCUCAUCUCUUCGGGGGAAGACAACAGCAUCAAGCAAUGGCUUUUCGACUCGCCUACGGCUCCUCCGCGACUGCUCAAGUUCCGCGCCGGUCAUGCUGCGCCACCACACCUCAUCCGUUUCUAUGGCGAAGAUGGGAAACAGUUGCUGACCGCUGCUCGCGACCGUGCGCUAAGAUGUACAAGCGUCGUACGUGACUCGCGUUCAUUCGAGCUCUCUCAGGGCUCGCUCGCCAAAAAAGCAACAUCACUCUCCAUCCCGCUCACUUCUCUCAAACUUCCACCUGUCUCGGCGAUAUCCUGGUCCAGUACGCGCUCCCGCGACUGGGACGAUGUACUCACAGCGCACACCGACGAACCCUUCGCUCGCACUUGGAGCGUUCAAAAUAAGCGCAAGGGCGCCCAUUCCUUCAACAUCAGGGAGCUUGCGAACAAAGAAUCCAAACAGAAGCUCGCUGGAGUAGUGAAGUCGGUCUGCGUCUCUGCUUGCGGCAACUUCGGUAUCGCGGGAACGUCGAGUGGGGCCAUUGGGAUGUGGAACAUGCAGAGUGGGAUGCAUAGGAGAACGUUCGUUCUGGGUCCACCGCCCACGGGGAAGAGGCAAAAGAUAGCAGCUGCGGGGGAUCGGCCUGUCACGGGCGUCGCGACGGACGCCCUGAACAAGACGCUCCUCGCCGUCACUCUCGAUGGGCUGAUCACCUUCUUCGACUUCCAUACGGGCAAGCUGGAGGAGACUGUUCUCAUGCCUGCGGCUAUUGAGUCGAUCCAAUUGAGCCGGGAGAACGGGCUGCUCGCGGUCACGUGUGAUGAUCUGGUAGUGCGGCUUGUGGACAUCGAGACCAGGCGCGUCGUCAGGGAGUUUGGUGGCUUCGGUGGACGCGUCCUGGACCUGACCUUCUCGCCUGAUAAUCGCUGGCUCGUGACGACAUCAUUAGACGCCCUUGUGCGCACGUUCGAUGUCCCCUCCGGUGCUCUCGUCGACGUCUUCCGUCCUGCGAGCGUAGCGAUUAGUGUCGCUUUCAGCCCAGCCGGCGACCUUCUCGCAACCUCGCACGUCGACUCGCGUGGCAUCUUCCUAUGGGCGAAUCGCGCGCAAUUCACCGAUGUUCCUUUGCGCUCCAUAUCAGCGGCUGAAGUGCAGAGGAUGAAAGAGUCGGCACUUCCCUCAAUGAGAGCGGAAGAGAUCAAUGCGGAUGAAGACACGGAAGACGAUGAACUCCAGCCCCUGACCGCGGAGGAUCUUGAGGCAGCGGAGGGGAUGGCGGCUGGCCUCGCUCCUUCCCUCGACGACUAUGGACAGCUUGUCACUCUCACACAUCUUCCCCGUGCGCGUUGGCAAACGUUACUCAACCUUGACAUCAUCGCCGCGCGCAACAAACCCAAAGAACCGCCUAAAGCGCCCGAGCGCGCGCCAUUCUUCUUGCCAACACUUCCUGGCGUGGAACAUCGCUUUGCUGUGGAAGAUAAGCAGGGUGCGGGGAAGAAAGAGACUAAAGAGAGGAGGAUCGAUAAGCUGCAUGCGAGCCGGGAAAGCGUCUUUGUGCAGAAGAUGUUCAAGGAUGCUGAGGAUGACUACGACGAUCUCUUCACGUAUCUCAAGGGCCUCUCCCCGGCUGCGCUUGAUCUGGAGCUUCGCUCUCUCACCACCAUCCCUGAACUCUCACGCUGCAUGCACGUCCUGGCUGCGCGACUACGCGCGCGACGCGACUUUGAGGCCGUGCAAGCACUCAUUGCCGUCUUCGCUCGCGCUCACGGAGAGAUACUCGUCUCUGACAGCGAGUUGAGGACGGAGCUUGAAGCGUUAUUAGCGGCGCAACAGGAGGAGAGCAAACGGGUGCGCGAGUUAAUUGAUGCCAGCUUGGGAAUGUUGGCUUUUGUCAGGGAUACUAUAUAA